AUUGUGUGUGAGAUAAAAUGAAAGCCCCAAAAAUGUCUUUUCUCAGGACAAUGUGUGAAACCACACCAGCUCUACCUUUCACUUUACGUGAUAGCCACUGUACAAAUACUUCCCCUCUACAAAGAUUUGAAGAGAGAAGAUGCUGAUUUUAAUCCUCUCCAGUAGCAGCAGCUGAGCUUCAUCACUUGACAGAAACUCUUCAGAUCAGCAGCUGCGUGUGUGGAGGAGAAGAAGAAAAUCGUUUCUUUUUCAAACAGAAUAAUUUAUUUUUAUCAUGAAGGAACUCUCCACUGACGCCUUGUUCCUGUCUUUUGCACAUAUAUGUUUCCUCUGUAGUUUUCUGGACGGAACUCGCGCUCAGGAGGCAGCUGCUGAUGAUGACGGGCUCCAGCGGGGGUUGACAUGGCAACAUAACGGGCAGGUUUUCAGCAUCCUGAGCCGCGGUCCUCAGUACCGGCCGUCCAGCAGGAGGCAGACCGGGUCAACACGCCGCAACAGCACUGUGGUCGUCCUGAGCAGCUCUAAUGACACCGUCUCCUCAGCGUCCCGGGGCUCCCCGCGGGUCCCCGCAGCCAGCAGCGCUGCGCAAUUACGCGCCAUGGCGCGUCAGCAGCAGCGGCAGCAGACGCCACCGCCAAACAGUGAUGGAGACACUGCCCCGGUCAGACGGGAAGACAUGAUGGUCGGAGACGAUCCGUACAACCCGUACAAGGCUUCUAAUUAUUACCCCUAUUAUAACUACUACAACUCGUACUACAGACCCAGACCCCGGGCCCAGCCCCGGCACGGAUACGGGACCAGCUACCACCAGCACGGUCUUCCUGAUCUGGUUCCUGAUCCAUACUACAUCCAGAUCGCCACCUACGUUCAGAGACUUCCCAUGUACAACCUGCGCUGUGCUGCAGAGGAGAACUGCCUCACCUCUUCCGCUAGUUAUGCUCAGGAUUAUGACACCAGGGUUUUGUUGAGGUUUCCUCAGAGGGUGAAGAACCAGGGAACAGCCGACUUCCUGCCCAGCAAACCUCGAUAUGCCUGGGAGUGGCACAGCUGUCACAAUCACUUCCACAGCAUGGAUGAGUUCAGCCUGUACGAGCUGCUGGACGUCCAGUCUCAGAGGCCGGUGGCUGAGGGUCAUAAGGCCAGCUUCUGUCUGGAGGACACUUCCUGCGACCCAGGAUACUACCGCCGCUUCGCCUGCACCUCACAUACCCAGGGUUUGAGUCCAGGUUGCUAUGACACCUACAACGCUGACAUUGACUGUCAGUGGAUCGACAUCACUGACGUCUCUCCUGGAAAAUACAUCCUCAAGGUGACAGUGAACCCGAGGCAGCAGGUUCCAGAGUCGAACUUCAACAACAACGUUGUUCGCUGUGAUGUCCAGUACACCGGCACUGCCGCUCAUGUCUCUGGAUGCACCAUGACAUCCUACUGAGAUUGAUUCUGCAACAUGAGAUGGAAACGCAAACAGAGGAAACGGGUGAAGCUACAGAGCAGUGAAGCUUUAUGUUACAUGUGACAUUAAUAGUUCAAUUUUAACCAGAUUAAAGCAAAAACUGAUUAUUCAAACUGUUGUAAAAAAAACAUUUGAAAUGGUUUUUUUCAGUCGAAGCAUGAACUGAUCACUAGAACAAGAUUACUCAAUAACAUUUUAUUUUAACGACUGUGGCAGGUGAUCAGUUUGUAAUGGAAGUAAAAUGGGUUUUUUAUGCACAAAAGGAGGAAACUAACACCUGGACUUCUGUAGAGUUGCAGGUUCUGGUUCUUUACUUGAGUUUUUCCAUUUUGGCAGAAUUUGUACUUUUUAUUCUCCUACAUUUAUCUGACAGCUGGAGUUACUGGUUACUUCCUUUCUUUGCAGAUUUAGUUUUUACAUCCAACACAAAAACAAAUAUGAGAAAUAAUUACACUGGAACUGCAACGAUUAGUCGACAAAUUAGUCGAUCGAUACAAAAUUAAUCAGCAACUAUGUUGAUAAUAGUUUCAUCUUUUCUGUCGCUUUUCAAAAAUGACAAGUAUUUUCUAAUUUCAGCCUCACAAAUGUGAGGAUUUGCUUCUUCUCUGUCAUAUAUGACAGUUAAUUGAUUAUCUUUGAAGAAUUUUGAGUUCUAGGAAAUAAUAGCAGCCAUCUUUCAUAUUUUACAGCCAAACGAUUCAUCCAUCAUCAAUAAUUAUUAUUUGCAGCCCUAAUUUUCAUAUCGUAGGGCUGUACUUGUUUUAUGACCUUGACAUAACAAGCUUGUUGUCUUUAGAUCACAAAACAACAGUUAAAGACACCAAGAAAACCCUUUUAUUAUCUCAAGAUGUAGAGAACAUAUCUUGAGAAAACAGUUUACUUUUUAUUUUCUCAUGUUUUUCAUUUUCAAAGACUGAUCACAAAAUAAUAAUUUUGUGAUUUCUUACGUGCAUGUUCUCCCUGGCUUCUGUAGACGUCCCUUAACGUAUGAUAUAACUUAAGGAUAAUUAAAUGUUUUAAACUUUAAAAAAUCCUGUGAAUUCUCAGAGUAAAUGUUUGUUUAGAAGUUACCACAAGGAACUUUUAACUGGUUAUGAAACAGUCUCAUGCUGCCUCUGUAUGAACUACAUAAUCAAACGAGACCAUCAGCAAGAAGAUAUAUUUCUAUAGAGUUAUUCUAAAUGUCUGCCACUGGGUCAGAUUCUCCGCAAAAUCAGACGAAACGAUUUACAGCAAGCAGACCGGAAGAGCCUGUGUUUACAUUACAUGUAGCAUUGUAGCAUGAGAAAGGACAAAGACGUUACUAGGAUGAGGGGAGGACAG